CUGUCAUUUCUUCCCGCUUUUCUAGCUGGCGUUGCCGGCCGGGUUGGGGCCGUCGAUGGAGCAGGGGAGACUCUUCCAGUUUAGGACUUGAAAGCAUAUGAAAACUGAAUGUAAAUAUACAGUGAAGAAGCCAAACUGAAUUUGAAAAAUGGCAGGCUUCCUAGACAAUUUCCGAUGGCCUGAAUGUGAAUGUAUUGAUUGGAGUGAAAGAAGAAAUACAGUUGCUUCUGUGGUAGCUGGGGUUUUGUUUUUUACAGGUUGGUGGAUUAUGAUAGAUGCAGCAGUAGUUUAUCCGAAUCCAGAAGAAAUGAACCAUGCAUUCCAUACUUGUGGAGUGUUUUCUACUCUAGCUUUUUUCAUGAUAAAUGCUGUAUCAAAUGCUCAGGUGAGAGGAGACAGCUAUGGUGAUGGAUGUUUAGGAAGAACAGGUGCUCGAAUCUGGCUCUUCAUUGGCUUCAUGUUGAUGUUUGGCUCACUAAUUGCUUCUAUGUGGAUCCUUUUUGGAGCAUAUGUUACCCAAAAUACUAAUGUCUACCCAGGAUUAGCAGUGUUUUUUCAGAAUGCUUUAAUAUUUUUUAGAACACACAAGGCAAAGGAUGGAUUACUGAUAUGGGCUGAAUCAAAGCACUUGUAGUAAUACAUGUAUGAACAAAAUAGGUUUGUUUUCCUCUCCUGUUUACAUCCUAUUACUUUUUGUUGUAUUUCUUCAGUGGUAAGUGGGCAAGGGACUGCCUCAUGCUUCAUCAGUGCAGAAAGCUUAGCAAGCUAAAAAUAAGUAAUCAUAGUUUCUAGACAAAAAAUGUUAAUACACUGCCCUUUUAAACACUAGGUUAAAUGAUUGUGGGACCGUGCAUCCCUCCUCCAUAAAGUAUGCUAACUGGAAUAAUGAGCUGAUGUGAAUACUGCACUUUCACAAUUCCUUUCCUUUGUGAAUAUCCUACUUUUGGAACUUUAGAAGUAACAUUAUCCUGUCUAGAACUGAUCUGUCCAUUUUCCUUGGAAGUGGAUUCUUUCCUGGCAGAAGGAAAAGUAAAUACUGAUAAUAUUAGACUUUAUUUGAAGCUUGUUACAGACAGUUACAAACAGCUUGAUUUUUGUAAGCUUUAGCUCUUCUUUGCGCAUCACACAUUUGGGCUUUGUGUCUGUGUGGAGCCUACUGUAGGAAAAUUCUACAGCUAAGUGUGUGUUAGCAUUCUCCUUCCUAUUUCCUGCAUCUGUUAGGAAUGUGGUAGCGCAGUGGGUUAAACCACUGAGCUGGUUGAUUGAAAGGUCAACAGUUCGACUCCGCAGAUGGGUGAGCUGCCGUACUCUGUCCCAGCUCCUGCCAGCCUUGCAGUUCAAAAGCAUACACAUGCAAGUAGAUAAAAAGGUACCACUUCGGUGGGAAGGUAACAGCGUUCCAUGCACCCUGGUGGAAACUGUCUGCAGACAAACGCUGGCUCCCUCAACUAGAAAAAGGAGAUGAGCACUGCCCCCAAGAGUCAGACACGACUGGACUUUAAUGUCAUGGGGAAACCUUUACCUUUAAACUAGGUAGCCUUCAGAAACACCUACUAUACACUUGGAAUGCAAUUCAUGCCCUAAUUGAAAUCAGUACCACAUCCUAGGACAUUUCAGUGUAUUAUGCUUUCACUCUUAAAAGUUAGUGAUGUUCAUUUACUUACAUGUACUCUUAAUAUUUGCUUAGUUGACCAGUGUAAUUUUAAUUGAAGGUUGAAAUACUGUCUGACUUAACAGAUCUAAACUUCUAUUUUCAUAGUACCCUUAUCUACAAAUUUGGAAGAACAGAAGAAUUGUGGGCUUAAGAGUACAUCUGUUCUUUACCCUCCUUAAUGACACAUUUAUGUAAAUAUAAGUUACAUUUUGGUUGUUUUGUAUUUUGUCAAACUCACUGCAUUACAUAUUUUGUAUGUUUUCUUAUUUUUGGAAAGUGAAAUGAUUUAAAUAUUCUCUUUCAAGUUGUUCUAUGUAGCAACCUUUUCAAUAGAACAAAUCUGUGUAUAUGUAUAUACUAUGGCUAUCUAUAAUAUACAAACAUGAAUGUUAAAUUUUCAUUGCAGUUGGCAGGUCUUUCUGCUCUUAUAUAUGGUGAAUGUUUUAAGGGGUUCAUAGCUUUUUCAAGAUUACAUGUUUAUCCUAAGAACAAGAUUAGUUAGCUUCUCGUGCUACAUUUAGUAGAGGGUGAAGGUUCUGAUUAGGAAGUGAGAUUUAAAAAGAUUUAAAAAUCUUGUCUCUUCAAGAUACCUCAAAACAGUCAUUUUGCACUGCAUGAGAAAAAAUUAAAUUUGAUGUCAAACUGUAUUAUCUGGCACCAUAUUCUAAAACUUCACCUAGCACUAGUUCCCAAAUACUAAGAAUGUUCUACUAUUGCAUAAUAUAUCCUGUCCUACUAUAGCAAAAUCUAUUCUGAACAAAGGCAUGAAACAGGUAUGAAAAAUGCACCAAGAUCUUAAGCGCUUCAUUUGCUAGCACAGCAUGCCUUAAAAUGGGAUGGACAAAAAACAUUUUAAGACUGAGGGGUAGUAUGUUUGGCAAGUUGUAACAGAAUUAUUGGUGUGAACUUCAGUGGGUUUUAGUAUUAAAAACCAUCCCCCAAAAGUCUGAUCAUUUAUGGUUCAGUUCAGAUAUAAUUUUACACAUAAACAGAAAUAUAGAUUUUAGUGGAAAAUCUCCUUUCAUGCUUAUCCAAUAUACAGAGCAAAGGAGAUUCCAUUUAUCUUAGAAACUCCUAGAAAGAUUGUCAAGUUUCUUUAGCCAUGAUUUGCUAGAGUCCAAAUAAAGGGAAGGUAGAAGAACCCAAUUAUAUUUUUUCAAUUCAUUUCUUUUGGCAAGACUGUCAUAAUAUUUUCAAAGUUUUUGUAAAAUUUCUUUGUACAAAUGAACUUGUAUACUAGUGCAAUGUCAUGUUAAUAAGGACUGCUGGUAUUUUGUACCCCUAAAUCAAAUUGUGUAUAGCAUUGUUUGCAUAAUUUAGCAGUCCCUGACUAUUUCUGGCAAGAAAGGUUUGUAGGGAGAAUGAUGAAGAAUCAGGUGAGCUAGAGGUGCUCUACAUUCUGAUUACUGGAGGUCCUGCCCAAGGAUCUAUUCCAAGCCCUUCUACCUUGCAUGCUUUUGAACUUCUCCCCACACCUAGAAACUAAAAGGGCCAGGUAGUGUUGAUCUUCUGAAAUGAUCUUUGUGUCUUCAGAGCCUUUAGAGGACAGACGAUGAAGCAAAUACUUAUGCUAAGAGUUGUCCUGUUAUCUCACUCUUAUUUUGUACCUGAUUUCAUCAUCAGACUGCACUUAAAUCUCUUAUUAAUCUAGAUUGCCUUGUUUGUUCAUUGUAAUUACUUUAAAAUCCAAUAAAAACGGUAAAAUAUUUGUUUUAUAACUUUAAAA